GCCGGCGGCCGCAGCGCGGCGUCUGCGUGCGGGGGGGCCCAUGGCCAGCGCGCCCCGGCCGGCCGCACCAUGCCGAACAGGGCCGGCCUGGACACCGCGCUGAAGAUGUCCCUGCGGCGGAAAUCCUCCAAGAUCCACUCCUCGGCCGGACCUGUCUGUUCCACCUCGGGCUACAAGAAGGCGGAUGAUGAGAUGUCCGGAGCCACGUCCGCGGCGGAUCUGGACGAGGCACCAGCCCGCACCAUUUACUUGAACCAGCCCCAGCAGAGCAAGUUCCGCGACAACUGGGUCAGCACAGCCAAGUACAGCGUGGUGACAUUUCUACCUCGAUUCCUGUAUGAGCAGAUAAGAAAAGCUGCAAAUGCAUUCUUCCUCUUCAUUGCCUUACUGCAGCAAAUUCCAGAUGUCUCUCCAACAGGAAGAUAUACCACCUUGGUGCCAUUGCUAUUUAUUUUAACAGUUGCUGGCAUCAAAGAAAUCAUAGAAGACUAUAAAAGGCAUAAGGCAGACAGUGCAGUGAAUAAAAAGAAAACAGUAGUUCUAAGAAAUGGGAUGUGGCAGAACAUUAUGUGGAAAGAGGUAGCAGUAGGCGAUAUUGUGAAGGUCACCAAUGGGCAGCAUCUUCCAGCAGACAUGAUCAUAAUAUCUACCAGUGAACCACAAGCCAUGUGCUAUAUUGAAACAGCUAAUCUCGAUGGGGAGACGAAUCUUAAAAUACGACAGGGUUUGUCUCAAACUGCUAGUCUCCAGUCCAGGGAAGAAUUGAUGAAAGUGUCUGGGAGGAUAGAAUGUGAAGGACCCAACCGCCAUCUCUAUGACUUCACUGGAAACUUGCGCUUAGAUGGUCAAAGCCCAGUUCCUGUUGGUCCAGACCAGAUCUUGCUGAGAGGUGCACAACUGAGAAACACUCAGUGGGUCUUGGGUAUUGUUGUGUAUACAGGACAUGAUACAAAACUCAUGCAGAAUUCAACCAAAGCACCUCUGAAGAGAUCAAAUGUGGAGAAAGUGACCAACAUGCAGAUCCUGGUUUUGUUCUGUAUUCUUCUGGUAAUGGCCCUUGUGAGUUCUGUAGGUGCCUUAUUAUGGAACAGAACACACGGCGAAGUUGUGUGGUACCUUGGCUCCAAUGAAAUGCUGUCUGUCAACUUUGGAUACAAUCUGCUGACGUUUAUAAUCUUGUACAACAACCUUAUUCCAAUCAGCCUUCUGGUGACAUUGGAAGUUGUCAAGUUUACUCAGGCUCUUUUUAUAAAUUGGGACAUAGAUAUGUAUUACCCUGAAACAGAUACACCUGCAAUGGCCAGAACCUCAAACCUUAAUGAGGAACUUGGGCAGGUUAAAUACCUGUUUUCUGAUAAAACAGGUACUCUAACAUGCAAUAUCAUGAACUUUAAGAAAUGUAGUAUUGCUGGAGUGACAUAUGGUCACUUUCCUGAGUUGGAAAGAGAACGUUCAUCAGAAGACUUCAGCCAGCUACCUCCUUCCACCAGUGAAUCGUGUGAAUUUGAUGACCCAAGACUGCUGCAAAACAUUGAAAAUGAUCAUCCCACAGCCGUGCACAUACAGGAGUUCCUCACGCUGCUGGCCGUGUGUCAUACUGUUGUUCCCGAGAGACAAGGAAAUACAAUAAUCUACCAGGCCUCCUCUCCAGAUGAAGGAGCGUUAGUGAAAGGAGCAAAAAAACUCGGUUAUGUCUUCACAGGACGGACUCCCCACUCUGUUAUCAUCGAUGCGCUGGGGAAAGAGAAAACCUUUGAAAUUCUUAAUGUGCUGGAGUUUUCCAGCAACAGGAAGAGAAUGUCAGUGAUUGUUCGAACUCCAGCAGGACAGCUACGUCUCUACUGCAAAGGGGCUGAUAAUGUAAUUUUUGAGAGGCUUUCAAAAGAUUCCCAGUAUAUGGAACAAACACUGUGCCAUCUUGAAUACUUCGCAACGGAAGGUCUGAGGACGUUGUGCAUUGCUUAUGCUGAUCUGUCAGAGACAUCUUACAGAGAGUGGUUGAAUGUCUACAAUGAAUCCAGUACGGUUCUGAAAGACAGAACUCAGAAGCUGGAGGAGUGCUAUGAGAUCAUUGAAAAGGAUUUGCUACUUCUUGGAGCUACGGCCAUUGAAGACCGCCUGCAAGCAGGUGUUCCAGAAACAAUAGCCACACUAAUAAAAGCAGAAAUUAAGAUAUGGAUUCUGACAGGUGACAAACAGGAAACAGCUCUUAAUAUAGGGUACUCUUGCAGACUCAUUUCGCAGAGUAUGUCUCUCAUCCUGGUCAACGAAGAUUCACUAGAUGCAACAAGAGCUUCUCUGACUCAACAUUGUACCAGUCUGGGGGAGUCACUGGGCAAGGAAAAUGAUAUUGCCCUGAUUAUUGAUGGCCACACACUGAAGUAUGCCCUUUCAUUUGAAGUCAGGCAGAGCUUUCUGGACUUGGCACUCUCCUGUAAAGCAGUCAUUUGUUGCAGAGUAUCUCCUCUACAGAAGUCCGAAAUAGUAGACAUGGUCAAGAAACACGUCAAUGCCAUAACACUUGCCAUUGGGGAUGGUGCCAAUGACGUAGGAAUGAUCCAGACAGCUCACGUUGGAGUGGGGAUCAGUGGCAAUGAGGGCAUGCAGGCAACCAAUUGCUCGGAUUAUGCCAUUGCACAGUUUUCCUAUUUGGAGAAGCUAUUGUUGGUCCACGGUGCUUGGAGUUACAAUCGAGUUACCAAAUGCAUACUGUACUGCUUCUACAAAAAUGUGGUUUUGUAUAUUAUCGAGCUUUGGUUUGCUUUCGUUAAUGGAUUUUCCGGGCAGAUCUUAUUUGAGCGAUGGUGCAUCGGUCUGUAUAACGUGAUUUUCACAGCAUUGCCACCCUUUACUCUGGGAAUUUUUGAACGGUCAUGUACUCAAGAUAGCAUGCUUAGAUUUCCACAGCUAUACAAAAUCACUCAAAAUGCAGAUGGUUUCAACACAAGGGUUUUCUGGGGUCACUGCAUCAAUGCCCUCAUCCAUUCCAUCAUUCUUUUCUGGUUUCCACUGAAAGUGCUGGAGCAUGAUGCAGUAUUCACAAAUGGACAGGGAGUUGACUAUUUAUUUGUUGGAAACAUAGUUUACACUUAUGUUGUAGUCACUGUUUGUCUGAAAGCUGGCUUGGAAACAACUGCAUGGACUAGAUUCAGUCACCUGGCCGUCUGGGGAAGCAUGGUGCUCUGGCUCGUGUUCUUCGGCGUGUACUCGGCCAUCUGGCCUACGUUCCCCAUCGCGCCCGACAUGCUGGGGCAGGCUGGAAUGGUGUUAAGAUGUGGAUACUUCUGGUUUGGUUUGUUUCUUGUGCCCACUGCGUGCCUUGUUAAAGACGUGGCAUGGACAGCGGCAAAGCAUACCUACCGUAAAACGUUGCUGGAGCAAGUUAAGGAGUUGGAAUCGAAGACAAGAGAACUGGGAAAAGCCAUGCUUCGUGAUAGUAAUGGAAAGAGCGUGAACGAACGUGACCAUUUGUUAAAAAGGCUCGGCAGGAAAACUCCUCCGAGCCUUUUCCGUGCUCAUUCUGUCCAGCAAAGCGUGUCACAUGGGUAUGCAUUUUCUCAAGAAGAACACGGUGUUGUUUCCCAGUCACAAGUCGUUCGAUCCUACGAUACAACCAAAAGGAGAUCAGAAAUAGAAUAAAUUAUUCUUUACUUGAUGGGUGGUGGGAAUAAUGGGAUUUGGAUCAAUGCAUCCACUGUUAACACAUUCAUGACUAGGUUUGGCAGCAGCAGCCAAAACACCAGAGAACUCAUUUCUGUGGCCUUAGCCAACAAGUUUCUGUAUUCUCCCUGCAAACCUUGAGUGCAUAUUGUGGGGGGGAAAUAAUUGUUUGACUUCAGUCGCAAAGCUCUGCCUAAAGUUUUGUUUAUGUUGUUAUGAAGCAUUUGACUGUGCUAUGUGAGGUGUGAAAUUAAAAACAAUGUUUUACCAUUA